AUGGCGCGAGAGGAAACGACCCGGCCGCUGGUCGUAGAAGAGCUAAUCACAGAGUUCGAGCAGCGUUUUGAUAUCGAUGAACAACGUGAGGAAGAGCUAUAUGCGCAGUAUGCGUGGGAAAAAGAUUUCGACAAAUCUUGGGAACAGCUGAUUGAUAAGGAUGGCGUCCUGCAAUUCGUUCAUCAAAAAAACCCACAGACGCCUGCGUGGUCGUACGAGAGUCUUGCUCCCGCGGAAGAUACGGAUGAAGGCAUCCAGAAGCGAAGCGUAGUCAGAAACGUCGUCAUAAUCGUUGAUACAAGCGAUGGGAUGAGGGAGGUUGAUUUCAAACCGGACCGUCUGCACUGCGCGUCGGGUGCAAUUAAGGAGCUUAUCCAGAGGAUGUUCCACCAGGGGCCUAUGACCCAACUUGCUCUUAUUGCGCUUCGCAACAAACGCUCAUCCUUGAUAGCCAAGCUUGGGACCCCGCCAUCGGAGACCGUUUCUCUGCUGGAUGCGAUGAUAAAAGAGGGAGCGGAGGGUGUCCCGUCGCUACAAAACGGCCUCGAGGUGAGCACACUGCAAAAACGAGGGUGGAAUUCUACAUCUUGCGAAUAA